AAUUCAUUUCGUAUUUUGUGAUUCCAAGGAACAGUCGCAUCGUUAUUUUGUCUACAUUUGUGUUUACCGGACAAAUUACAUAUCCUUCUUUAUUAAAAAAUGUCAGGCGACAGUGCGAAACCUAUCCUUUUACCGCAUCACGAACAGCAGUCGCUGUGUACAACCAGGUUACCUUACAGGCAAGGCCGAAAACUUACUGCAGUUAAAGUAAGUAAAACUAAAUAUGUUACUCAAAGGUAUAUGUAAAAUUACCCUCAUAAAGAUUUUUAUUCUUUUGUAAAUGUGAUUUUUUUCUCUUCAUAAUCUUGUUUUUCUCUGUUCAGUUAGAACAGAAAAGAAAGAAGAAAAGCAUUGCCAAUUCAGGUUCUGUUUGUUUAAUUAUACUUUUUGGUUUGUCUGUAUCUAGUGAGUUUACCUUGACACAAUUUUGAUGUUUUCUGUCUUUGUGUACAAAUUUUUGUUUAUAAUGAGGCAUUUAGAAAAGCAGUUACUUUUUCAUAUUAUCAUAUAGAUUACUCUUAACAAUGGUUAGAUUAGAUUAGUUUCCUAGGUUUUCCUCCAUGCUCGGCCAUAUUAUAUUAUAGGUUUGUGUGGAAAAAAACUAGAUAAAUGAAGCUCAGGAUAUGUAGUAAUGGCAUGUGAUUGAGGAAGCCUAUACACAACUAUGGGUUAGGGAAGACUGAUGAAGACUUACAUAGACUCAUGUUCAUUUUAGAGUGUUUUAGGGUCAGCAUUUCAUUCAUAUUAUUUUACAGUCUGUUUGAGUGUCUUAGAAACGUGUUCUUGAUAGAAGGAACACAGAAACUUAAUGAAUUAAUUAAAUUUUAUGUUUUUAACUUCCAGGUUUACACAGUGAAUGACGAAUCGAAUCAUCUGCUGAUAUUCGGUGUUCCCUCUCUAAAUCUCCGUCAAGAAGCUAAAACAAUGUUCCUUAAAUUCGGUAAACUUCUCCAGUUCAGCAUAACCAAAGAACAUGCAGCUGAAGAUUUCACCGAGACAUACCAUGCUGUUUAUGAAAAAAUACAAUCUGCAAGACUUGCUAAGAAAUUUACAGACACCAAAAACUUUUACGGUGGAUGUUUACAUGUUUGUUACGCACCAGAAUUUGAGACCGUAGAUGAAACGAGGAACAAAUUGUUACAACGGCGACAAGAUGUGCACUUUAGACUGAGGAAUUUACAAAAGCAAAAUGAUGCAGAGAAAAUAGAAAAUCAAACUACAGCUGUUCAAGAAAAUAGUGUUACUGAAACAAAUGUGAAAUUAAAUAUGGGUGAAAUUAACAAUAUUCUAAUAAAUAAUGAAGUUAAACGUAAAAGGAAAACUGAAAGUAGUGUCACUAUCCAGAAAAAAUUCAAACCGUGCUUUGUUCAAAACGACGUUAAGAGUACAAACUCUAUGAAUACAACUAAAAUUACAAUGGAUAGUAAAAGUGAGAGUUCUCCUAGUUUUAUUAGUAAAAAUAUAGAAAUAGUUGAUUGCACAUCAACAAACAUUGAAACCAUAACAAAUAUUAAUGAAAGUUUGAAUUAUAAAAACUUUGGUAAUGAAAUAGUGAGAAAAAUUCCACAGAAACCUGUAAAUAGAAUUAAGUUUAGAAUAAAUAAUUAAAACACUAUUCCCAGUAGUUUUCUUUGUUAAUUGUUUACUAAGUUUUCACAACUUCGCGCCGUGCAAAUUAUAUCUUCAUCUUCUAUUAAUUAAUGGCAUUGCCCUUGUGGAAAUUAAGAGUAGUAACAUACGUCUUUGAUUUGUCUAUCAGAAAUUUAACUUCAACAAAAUUCUAAAUUUAACUUUGGCUUUCACUACCAACGUACAAAGCAUUGUUUAUAAAAUAUGUUGUUAUCUGAGCGAACUAUGUCACCCGUAUAUGAUGUAGCUUCACGUAUCUGAAUGAAUUUUCAUAAUAGAAUUAGUAGGUUUUUCUGAAGAUUACAAUAAAACAAAGUUUAUCUCAUUAUAAUAUUAGUAUACAAUAGAUUUACUAUGCAUCUACCAAUGCAGCUACCAAUAUUUAUCUUAGAAAAAAAAAACUUGAAAAAAUUAUCCUAGCUCAGUCACUAAUUUCCAUUUGAAACCACGUUUCGCUGAUCCAGGGAAUACUGCUACAGCGGCAGUCUAUAUAUACUAUAUACAUCCGCUAGGCGGCGCUAGUCAAAUUGUUGGUCAAACGACAUACUGUUUAUUUAUUUAUUUAUUUAUAACAAGGUACACCAACAGCAAAAC